CCGGGCGCCGCGUCUCCGGGCCGCGCGCUCGCCGCUCCGCGCCGCAGCAUGGGGCCCCUGCCGCGCACCCUGGAGCUCUUCUACGACGUGCUGUCCCCCUACUCCUGGCUGGGCUUCGAGAUCCUGUGCCGAUACAAGAACAUCUGGAACAUCCGCCUGCAGCUGCGCCCGACCCUCAUUGCAGGGAUCAUGAAAGACAGUGGUAACAAGCCUCCAGCUAUGCUUCCCCGCAAGGCCAAAUACUUGACAAAUGACAUUCAGCUCUUGGGACAGCAUAUCCAGGUUCCCAUCCAGUUCCCCAAGGAUUUCUUCUCUGUGAUCCUUGAAAAAGGGAGUUUGUCGGCCAUGCGCUUCCUCACCGCUGUGAACUUGGAGCAGCCCGAGAUGCUGGAGAAAGUGUCCAGGGAACUGUGGAUGCGUGUCUGGUCACGGGUGAGGGCAGGGCUCUGGGAACCCACCUGGGAGACCCUGCAGGACUUGGUGACCCUCCCCUCGGCCCAUUUCAGACUCCUGCUCCUGCCCAUCCCACCCCUCACCCUGCCACCCCUUCCUGCUGAGUGUUCUCCUUCCCAGGAUGAAGACAUCACGGAGCCCCAGAACAUCCUGGCAGCUGCAGAGAAGGCUGGCAUGUCCAUAGAAAAAGCCCGGGCACUUCUGGAAAAGUCGUCAACGCCACAGGUGAAGAACCAGCUCAAGGAGACCACCGACGCAGCCUGCAAAUAUGGGGCCUUUGGGCUGCCUGUCACCGUGGCCCACCUGGAUGGCCAAACCCACAUGCUGUUUGGCUCUGACCGGAUGGAGUUGCUGGCCCACCUGCUGGGAGAGAAGUGGAUGGGCCCCGUGCCUCCAGCAGUGAGUGCCAGACUAUAAGGAUGCCNACAG